AUGCGGUAAAUUAGGCUACACUCUACCAGGAACUAGAGAAAUGCGAAAUGGCUCAGAGCAGCCGUGGAAAAAACAGUCAAGGAAAAAACCUAGGCAACAUGUUUACCCGUGUACAGGAAUUCUUGGCGCCUCCAAAGCCAAUCGUAGUUGAUAAAAGGACCAUCGAAAAAUCGUGGAAAAUGAUGGACAAAGUGGUCAAACUUUGUCAACACCCGAGGAUGAACUUGAGGAAUAGCCCUCCAUUUAUUCUCGAUAUUUUGCCUGACACUUAUCAACAUUUACGAUUAAUUUACUCGAAACACGAUGAUAAACUUAAUACAUUGAACGAAAAUGAAUAUUUUAGAAUAUUUAUUGAGAAUCUGAUGGCAAAAUGUAAGAAUACCAUUAAAGUUUUCAGAGAUGGAGGUCAAAAAAUGUUCGAUGAAAAUUCUCAUUGUCGACGAAAUUUGAUAAAACUGUCAUUGGUAUUUUCACACAUGUUGGCAGAAUUGAAGGCAAUUUAUCCUACAGGGACAUACGCCGGUGAAAAUUACAGGAUUACUAAAGGUGACGCCUCUGAUUGGUGGAAACGAUCAUUCGGGGACAAGAUCACAGUUCCAUGGAAAGAAUUCCGUGAUACAUUACAUGAAUCUCAUCCAAUUGGUUCACCUUUAGAGGCCAUGGCGUUAAAAACGACCUUAGAUUUAACAUGUAAUGAUCAUAUUUCAGUUUUUGAAUUUGAUGUUUUUACACGGUUAUUUCAACCCUGGAACAACUUGCUCCGUAAUUGGAAUGUCUUGGCCGUAACCCACCCAGGCUAUGUAGCAUUCCUCACCUACGAUGAAGUGAAAGCAAGGCUUCAGAAAUACAUAAGUAAACCCGGAAGUUAUGUGUUCAGAUUAAGUUGUACAAGAUUAGGUCAGUGGGCGAUUGGUUAUGUUACAUCAGAUGCUCAAAUAUUACAGACAAUACCACAGAAUAAAUCGCUGUGUCAAGCUUUACUGGAUGGACAAAGAGAAGGAUUUUUUCUGUAUCCAGAUGGUCGAAGUGCCAAUCCUGAUUUAAGUUAUUUAGUACAGGAUAGUUUAGAAGAUCAUAUACGUGUUACACAAGAACAGUAUGAGUUAUAUUGUGAGAUGGGCUCAACCUUUCAACUGUGUAAGAUCUGUGCAGAGAAUGAUAAAGAUAUUCGUAUUGAACCCUGUGGUCAUCUACUGUGUACACCUUGUCUUUCACAGUGGCAGGAUUCUGAUGGACAAGGGUGUCCAUUUUGUAGAUGUGAGAUUAAAGGAACAGAACAGGUUGUCGUGGAUCCAUUUGAUCAGACACACCCAAAAUCAUCCAGACAUGCUCAUGAUGACGAUGAAGAGGAUGGCUAUACAAACAAUCUACAUGCUUUAGCUGUUAGUCCCAGAGAUAGGUCUCGAGAUAGAAGUUCACCAUUUGAAUCACCACAUACAAAUAAAAGAGACUUGCCGCCACCUGUCCCCCCACGUACCUCCUCCCCUGUCCCCUCGCCUGCAUCAUCCCCUAAACCAGUCGGACGUCGUCAGCUUCCGCCAACACCCCCUAUUGAAGACAGGGCCCAUAACUCUAACAAACCGACACCACCAGUUAGAAGUCAGCAUACACCAGUUGAAAAAGAUCAGGGUGUUUCAUAUGCCGAGUUACGAUACGACUCUACAACACAACAGCCAAAGACUAAUAACACCAACACCUCCACCAGUACCAGUAGUAGUGGCGUGGGCGGUAAUGAUUUUAUUUACGACAAACCAACACCAGGCAUUCAUCCAGUUAUCAACACCAGUCAAAGAACAGAAGGAGGAACUAUUUUCUCCGUAACAGGAAACGAAAAACCACCAAUGUUCCGAAUCCCAAGUGAGUAUGCUGUACCACAACGUUUUAAUAGAAAUGAAGAAAUUCCUGCAGAAGAUGAAACAAAAGUACCAGAUCAACCACCUCCUAGAAAUAUUGGUUUACGUGAAAAUCAGGACAUAAACAAAGAAAAUAACGAUACUCUUUCUAGUAUCAAUGACGAUUAUGUUGAACUUCUUGUUGGUCGUGGAUUUGAAAAAUUAAAUGUGCUUGAUGCUUUACGCGUUUCUCGUAACAACUUGAAAAUGGCGGAAGAAAUUUUAGAGACAUUUGUUAAAAAUAGCCGAUGAUAAUGAACUGUCAGAUGGUUAUUUUUUUCUUUCAAGGAUUUGCGGCAGUGGGGAUUAAACAUGACCGACAUACUGUAACCAAGGUGAUGAGGAAAUGUCAGUAGAUAAUUCUGUGACUUUAAAUUUUUUUAGAUGUUGAAUGAUGUUUUUGUUGCGUUGCGUUGCCUUGUCGUAUGUCGUGUGCAUUUUGUGGAAAUGAUGUUUCUGACAAAUAAUAUUUGACCCUUAUUGUUUAAUUUCCAUCGUUUUUGUGAUGUACCACAGAAAUGCGAUUUUAUAACAUCAAAACAACUUCAUCGAAGACUAGUUGGUCCAUUUCUUAACCACGAUUUCCUCGUCAAUUCUGAUUGGAUGGAGCGAAAACCCUAACGAUCAGUCAUGUGACCAAAUUCCUUGCUUAAAUUAUUUUCAGAAUGGUGACUGUUAUUUGUUCCAUGAACUACAGCACAAUAAUAUGAGAUAUGAGACAUCUUCUUUGCGUGUACAAUGUUCCAGUACACGUUCUUACAGCAUAUUCAUGUAAAUCAUAUUUAAUAUUCAGCAUGUGGGAUUUUUUUUACGUUCGUGGUAACCAUUCAUCUCAUGUUAACAUAGUGACUCUCAAAAUCUCUGAAUCAAAACCUUUUUCUCUAGUGCUCACAUUAAUAUUCAAAUAUUCAAUUUAAACUAAUGAAAUUUGAUCAGUAUUUACUUAUUUGAAUUCAAAUAGUUUUUCAACUCUAUUCCAACUGAUCAGUUUUAGUUUCCAAUGAAAUAUAUAAUUUUACUAAUUAAAAUUAAAGUCUGUAUGGCUCUAUUUUUUUUAACCUUGAAAUAAACAAAAAUGGUUCUAAAAGCACAUAUUAAAGAUACAUUAUGGGAGAUUGGAUAACAAGUUGACAGUCCUUACUAUAAUAGUUAAAAACUCGAUCAUCAUUACUAAUGUCGGUACAACAAAAAUCAUAGUCUCAAUUAUCCAUUUAAUUGUUAACUCGAGAAGGAAAGUUAUGCAGCGAAUCAAUCAUAAUCCAACAAAUAUCGCAUUCUAGCCUUGACAUCGAGAGUUGAUUUUGGUCUGGAUACGUUAAUUAAUGUCUAAUUAAUAGUUUAUAUAAAAUUUCAGGCCUAAAG